AUGAUUUUCACGUCUCAGCAACCGAGCAUCUCCAUUCCAGAGGAUCUGACGACUUGGGAAUGGCUAUUUGAAUCAUCAACUUCACCCUUAAGCCAGUAUAAGACCUCCGAUCUUGGGGGCUUCACAAAUGCCGCUACAAAGGAACGGAUUGGGUACGAUCUGGCUAAGGAGUAUGCGAUAAAGAUAUCAACUGCCCUAGUUCAUAAGUUUGGACUUUCGAAAGGCGAUGUGGUGGCACUAUUUAGUCCAAACACCGUUUGGUAUCCUAUCGCCAUGUUUGCCACCAAUCGUGUGGGUGGUAUAAUCUCGGGUGCUUCGCCUGCCUACAAUAUUGAGGAAAUGACCUUUGCGUUACGCACAGCACAAGCAAAAGUUCUCAUGACCGCAGCGUCGUCUCUUCCAGUUGCCAUUCCGGCUGCAAAGAAUGCAGGGAUCUCACAGGACCGAAUUAUACUUCUCGAAGGAAGGAAAGAAGGCUUCACUUCGAUCCAAGAUCUUGUCGUCUUUGGAGCAGGCUUCGGGCCUAAUGGUCAGGUCCAGCCUUUCAAGAUCCCUGCCGGGCAGACCAACAAGGAUAUCUGCGGCUUUCUAAGCUUUAGCAGCGGAACUACUGGACUUCCCAAAGCUGUCAUGAUAGCGCAUCAUAACGUGAUCGCGCAAAGCAUGCAGGUGGAGCAGAUAACCGCGAAAGAAAAUAAAAAGGUCUUGGCAGUGCUGCCGUUAUUUCACAUCACCGGCCUGGUCCACCAAAUGCAUCUUCCCGUCUUUCGAAACGCAGAGGUCUAUAUGCUUCCAGCGUUUACUAUGAAAGCCAUGCUCGACACAGUCGUUCAGUAUCAGAUUACAGAACUUUUGCUUGUGCCACCUAUCUUGAUCCGGCUUCUACGGGAUCCAAUUGUGAAAGAUUACGACCUGUCCCACGUCCGCAAGUUUUCUUCCGGUGCAGCCCCACUCUCCUCGGAGGUAAAUCAAGAGCUUAAGCGCCAGUUUCCAAAUACGGGGUUCAAGCAAGGGUAUGGGAUGACCGAGUCAUGCAGCUGCAUCACGGCCCAUCCGUUGGAGAAGUCUACCUACGAAUAUGCGCACUGCGGGGGUACUAUUGUCGCGAAUACCGAAGUCAAAAUUAUCAACCCCGACACAGGCGUCGCACUGGGAUAUGACGACCCUGGCGAAAUCUUGGCAAGAGGGCCGCAAGUUGUCAUGGGAUACUUGAAUAACGAAAAAGCUACAGCGGAGACCUUUGAUGCUGAAGGGUGGCUUCAUACUGGUGAUGUCGGUUUCAUUGAUAAAGAAGGCUUCAUAACAAUUACCGACCGCAUCAAGGAAAUGAUAAAGGUGAAAGGUAUUGCAGUGGCCCCGGCCGAGCUUGAGGACCUGUUACUUGGGCAUCCAAUUGUGGAAGAUGUGGCCGUCGGUCCUAUUCCUGAUGACUACACUGGCCAACGCCCGAAGGGGUAUGUCGUACUGAAGCCUAGCGUCCGUCAUGGUAAAGAUCGGUCGGGUAUAUUGCGGUCACUCAAUGAGCUUAUUGACUAUGUCCGUGACAAAAAGGUCCGCCAUAAGUGGGUUACCGAGAUUGAAAUGCUCGAGGAAAUUCCAAAGAGCGCAAGCGGGAAGAUCCUCCGUCGUAUGUUACGGAAACUGGAACAGGAGGAUAGCCGAAAAGAGCGAUACAUCGUUACUCGGGGUGAGACAAGAUCCAAGCUGUGA